CAGAUACUCGCUCAAGUACUCAGCUGUCCAAUUUUGAACACGUGAUUGUCUCCAUCGAAGACGGAACUGAAAAACCGGAAGUUUUAGAAUUAAAUACUUCACCUCAAGAACAAAACUAUCUGGAAGACGAAGAACUAGAACAAGAACAAGAACGGGAAGAUCAGGACAAUGCAAAACGACAGUUGGAACUACUCCAGAAAACUGGUAAUCGUUUUUCAGAUACUCGCUCAAGUACUCAGCUGUCAAAUUUUGAACACGUGAUUGUCUCCAUCGAAGACGGAACUGAACAAUCGGAAGUUUUAGAAUUAAAUACUUCACCUCAAGAACAAAACUAUCAGGAAGACGAAGAACUAGAAAAAGAACAAGAACGGAAAGAUCAGGACAAUGCAAAACGACAGUUGGAACUACUCCAGAAAACUGGUAAUCGUUUUUCAGAGACUCGCUCAAGUACUCAGCUGUCAAAUUUUGAACACGUGAUUGUCUCCCUCGAAGACGGAACUGAAAAACCGGAAGUUUUAGAAUUAAAUACUUCACCUCAAGAACAAAAUGCUGAUACAAACCAAAUGUACCAUUACGUGAUUGAUGUUGCCAGCCUUCCCGCGUAUACAUACAGUCGAACUUCAAUUCAGGGUAUUGAAAGAAAAUGUCGAAAACAUCUGACAAAAACAAGAUUCAGUGAACGCGACACAGAAGUAUUCCUGUCUAAAGAGACUCAUCUGUUUACUACCAUGGUACAAUCAAGCAUUUUUAAGUGUGCCAUUUCAAUGGAUUGUCUCAUUGGAAUAAAAGAUAUCGAGAACAAAAUCAAGUGCACAAAUGCAGCCUGCGUAAUUGUUAUUAAAUUUAGGCAGCUACAUGAAAUGCGCCAUAUUUUGGAAGAACUAAAGGAAUCGGGUUUGGAAUUCUGCGUCUUAAUAAUUGGUGAUAAACCUGGCAGCAAAGAUCUUCACACUCUUCGAAAUCUUCUAGUAGCAUACACGUCAGAAAAUGAUAUUCAAGACGCUGUUGAUGAUCUUCUUGAAAGGUUUGCAUUUUCUGUAUUGAAGAAAUUGAUGGAGCAAAUUGCGAUAGAGGUUAACAUCGGAUCGGACGAACGCAAAACAGGUGAUUUUGAUGAGACGUUGCAUGAAAUCUAUCAACAUGUACGAGGGGCUUACAACAACAGCGGGGUACCAGGUAAUGAGCGACCAUUAAUUCCUCAAGGCAAUUUCAACUACCCUUCGAACAUCAAUGCUAUCAUUGCUCAAGUUCUUCAAGUGCAAGGUGUAGUUGCAUGUUUUAGGAACAACAGACGUCUUAAGAUCUAUAUUGAUAAAACAACUGUUGAAUCUGAAAGCGAAUGUUCGAAUACCGUUAUCAAAAUCCUUUCUACUAAUGGAUUUGACAAAUACUUGGUCGUCGUUGGUACGCUAGAGCGAUUUUGCUGCCAAGCUGGCGAUCCCAUUUCGGAUAGUCGGAUUGAAGCUACGCUAGGAGGAUUUGCUGAUAAGUGUAACGGAUUAUCGCCAUCUAUGAACCACCCUCAACAAGAAUGUAUACAGGAACCUGAGAACGAGCCCAUACUUGUAGCUCUCAUAUCUCGCCAUGUAGCUACAAAUAUACACUCUCUCAAAGUAUCCGACAAGAUCCUAGGACAUAUUAAACAUGUACACGAUUGCCAUUGGUUGGAUAUCGUGCCAGUGGACGUCGAUCAAGAAGUACGAAACGAUUGCGAAACACGUUUUCGAACAGAAAAUAAUAUAUUGAAACAUGCCGAACUAAACGGGCUUAAUUUAGCAAAUUGUUCGCCAGUUCACAUUUGGGGAGCAAAAUCGUCCCCUGGUUUGGGAUUUCUAACAGCAUGUGACCCAAGUGAAAUAAAUAAGCACAUAUUUAUUGAGAGUCGGUCUCCUGAAAACGGUUUCUGCGUCCCCGGUGACAGCGGUUCUAUUGUAUGUAGCAGUGACAGAAAAGGCCGCUUGUUUGCAUUAGCAAUCCUUAUCGGUAAAUUUACGCCAUCGAAAAUUAUAGAAAAAGCGCAGCAAAAUGAAGAAUAUGCCAACAUGUACGUACCAGCAGAAGAUCCGAUGGACCAAUCUAAUGAGCAUGCACAAAACACACUUGAGAAAAAGACUUGCGUUGGAGAAGAUUCAGCAACUGGCACAGACAAUGGAACGUUGACAACUGAACAAUUAAUAUACAGCAGAGAAGGUGUACACAAACUAGAGCCAGAAUUUGUAGCGCUUAAUCUUGUAAACGCAUUUGAAGGUUUGUCUGAAAAAUAUAAGUGUCAAUUCAGACUCUGUAGAGAAAAAAAAAAGAAGUGAAUGCUUAAACAUAUAAAAUAAAUUACUUAUAUUCCAAAACAUGCAUCGUACAAUAAGACCUAAAAUGUAAAUACUAAUAUUAAAACGAGUGUCACGAUCUUAUUAUCGUUUUACAAACAAAUAAAGCGCUGAUGAAUAAAAGACUACAGUUGAAGGUCAGAAGAAGUCCUUUCAGAAAAUAUACGAAAGAAAAGUUUUAUUUAAAUUGCAAACAGUACCAUUAGGCAGAGUAGGCAACUGCGAGGUUUCUGGUCCCCAUGAAACUGUAACCCUAAACCCUAUAAGUUUCACUGUCUAUGGGCCUCCACGGUGCUUAAUCCGAUACUGAUUGCAAAUUGUGUCCUGAUGUAAAGCAGACAACUCAAGCAUUACACAAGACAUAUACACUGUUUGGAAUAUCCGUUAAGAUCUGUUCAUACGAAACAUGUACAUUAUUUUGAUUCUGCAACAAACAAUCGGUGCAAACUUGUUCGUUUCAAUCAAUAUUUGAAUUAUGGCACCAUAUAAACAUUUUAGAUGAUUUGUUAACAUAAUAUUUUCCUUCAUAUUAUAAUGCUGACAUAAGCUUACGAAAGUUAAAUAUUGAAAUCGUAUAUACAUGUAUUCGCUUUAAGAUCUUAAACGUCCAAAAUUCCGAGUUGCAACGGAAAUAAAUUUUCGUGUUCAGUGUUAAUUUUUAUUAUAAAGUCUAAAUAAAGGUAAUACUUUAAAAAAAGAUUAACUAUUAAAAUAUACAUUUAAAAGACUGGUAAAAUUGUAUUUUUUUUAGUUUAGCUUUACUCAUCCCCAGCGAGAACAAAUAAUUUGAUUUUGUGAAAACAUUUUAAAAUGUAAACACUGUACUCCCAGUCAAACUGCUAAUUAACGUUGGCUUCGUUUAUAUAUACGAUUCGUGAUUUUCAGAAGCCCCAUGCAAUUCAUCCAUUGUUGUAUUUCUUAUCAUUAUUAGAUGGACAGUUAUUACGAGGACCAUCAGUUUAGCUUUUUUGUUUGAAAGCAUUUGGAUUUUGAAAAAGAUUUGUUUACAUUUCAACAUUUUUCAAAGUGAAAUACAUGUGGUACGUUUUAACCCAAUAGUUAGUUAGUUUAUGCAUACAAUUAUGUUAUUUUUCAUUAUUAUAUUUGAUUGUUAAAUGUGAUGUACCUUUUAAUAUUAAAGGUGAGGUUUAUUUGUCGAGCAAAAUGUAUAAGUGACAACAACGAGACUCCAUGCAAACAUCAUGUUUGUGAUUUACAUUUUCAUCUAAAGGAAACUAGUUCAAGUCUAUAAUUACAUAAAUAAUGUCUUCGGACAUUGGGCAACAACGUAUUGCAAUAACGGUAAAAAGGUAAACAUUUUGCGAUUGGCAUUCCGUAUCAUAUUGGUUGAACAAGCGUGCCUUAUAUUGAAUAUUCUUAAUUGCAUGAGGAAGUUUGAGUGCGGACCAGUUUUGUGAAAUGCUGGUUUAAUGUGAGUUGUAAUUUGUAUGGGGCAUAGCAACGGCUAGUAUGGUUUCAGAACCAAGAAAAUCAGAUAUUUUAUGCAAAGUGUUCAUUUAAUGAUUGGUUUUUACAACCAGCGAAUUCUUUAUUUGAAUAUAAUAUUGGCCGAUGAACUUUUGUAUCGGGCGCGGGAAAAACAUAAUAAGAAUGAAUAAACAAAAUAGUUACGAACACAAUGUUGACAAACAACCGCUGUUCUUGUGUGUGUGUAUUUUUAAUCGGUUUCUGGGUUAUUUAAGUCAUCACGGUGGUUAGAUAAGCUACUCACAUGGCCAUUUAUCACGGGCGCCACCUAUUUUGCAUUAAAUAAUCUAAUGCUUCUUCCGAGGCGGCUAAGGACCGGUUGUUUUCAAAUGUCACUGAUACUUCUACAGGGUGGGUAGGUUUUAUUUUAUUUUUUGAACAUUUUUCGCAUCAUUAAAAAAAUGUAGUGCGAUUCAUCGAAUAUUUAUUCAUCCACAACUGUACAGAAACAUAUAAUAACAACCCAUUUGGAAACGUGGUGACCUUUAUACGUUGUGGCAUGGUAAAGUUAAUAAAAGUAAAUCCAUGUAUUUUGCCUGUGUGAAGAGCAAAUUUUCACCUAACCAAACUGCUAACGACAUCAAGCUAUCGCGUUGAACAAGUUUUUGAAUGCAGAAAACAUUGGCUUCUUGUCGAUCAAAUAGAUAAUUUUGCAUUCUUCCAUAAUAGAUGGAGCCUAUGCGUAUGAAAGAAGAUGGCGCCAAUGCAAAUUUUCAGCUAUUUUUUUUUUGGUUGCCGACCAUACACUUUUUGUGUGGUAUUCCAGGUUGAGUGUUCGCUUUUUGUUUCUUAAUUCGAUCUUAAUGAAAUAUAAUAAAAAAGUAAUCUGCAUUAUCAUAACGUGACUUGUGUUGAAAAACGAUUUUGAAUAUUUCCGUCAUUAAACAUUCUAUAAAUAAGAAAAGUUACUUUAGUACAAUAAAAAGGUUAACGAUUUAACACCGAGCUAUCCUAUUUUGUGGAGAUGUUUAUGGGAACAAUCGAGAUAUUCUAGCCUAAUUAGGAUUUGUUGAAUUUUGCCUUUAAAUGAAUCAAGCAUUUAGAUUUGGGGAUAAAACUCAUCGUUUCAAGCACAAGUAGCAUCUUUAAAUUAUUUCGUGACAUGUAUGACUGUUUAAACACAUUUGUUGUGGUAGAAAUAAUAUGAGAAUGUAGAGACUUUAGUGUUUGGAUUUAUUGAGGAUGCCGUAUUUUGGUUUUAUAUGGUACAAUAUGUUUUAUUCAGGUUGCUGACUUCUUAACUGAGUUGGUGACUUAUAUAUCUGCAUCUUAUUUUAUUA